AACACCGUGCACAGUUUUGCAGCAGCAUAAAUAUAUUAUGGUUGAAGUGUGAUCCAGGCGGUAACAUCGAUAUAACAGAUGGCCUCGCUGUAUUCAUCACGAGAUGCUUGACGUUUCGAAGGGCUAAUUGAAACAGCAUGGCCUUUAAGGCAGGCCCAGUGAGUUUUACUGGCAAAUGCUGAAGAGGAAUGCAGAGCGACAAUCGAGGGUUUAAAUUGGGACAUUGUGAACUCCUGCGCAGGAGUUCUUACUAUUGCAGAUGCAUUCAAUCAAUUACCACAGGAUUCCUAUGCAGCUCUGGGAUGUGCAGAUAAUACAUUCGAUAACUUAAGUCUUGGCAUGAACUCUAAUUCAAAUCUUUAGUCAGGCAUUUUUAAGAUGUAAACUGAGAACCCACCAGAGGGAAAUGGUGGUGAAUUUCAAGGUCCUUUUUCUUUUUAAAGCUGCACCACACUCUGUUUCCUUGGUGUUUAAAUUCCAAGCACAUAAGCAAUUACAACCGGUGAAGCACACAAACCUCCUCUGUGGCAAAGUCUGACAGCGAUAGGCACCGUGCCAACGAUGACGGCAGGCUUUCUCCUGCUCGAGAGCUGAUGUCACCGGAUGCCAGGAAGCAGAUUUGUGGCUUUUUUUGGUUUUGUUUCCCUGCAGAAAACGUCACGUCGUCUUAUUGUCCUCGAAUAGAUUUACACUGAUUUUAAAUCAAGUGUGCCUAAACAAUUUAUGUGACAAUAAUUCAGAUUAAGCAGUGAUAUCUUUCAGCACUCGUACCAUCAUUUGAGGAUUUAUUCCUGUAAUAUUAUUACCUGCCUGGAGCUCAGACUAGUACACCUGCAGUGAGAUACAUCUGUUCAGUGUUUUCUUAUCAAAUAUUUGUAUUCAGGACAUCUUUCACUGCAUGGACAUCGAUAUACAAAUGACAGGUAAUCAGAUCAAAUGAUAUCUUUGUGCUGUAGGUGUUCAGGUAAUGUAUAACCUGAGGCCUGCUGUGAUAAAUGAAGUACUAUUGGAAAGAUAAAACAUGAUUACACAUUCCAUUAUAACCCCUGCCUCUGUUCCUUUCGCUCUUUAUGUAUUUAACUAAUCAAACAGGUUAAUUGGGCCAAAUUCGUGUGUAGAGUUAAUCCAAUCCAGCGCUGUGUUGUUGUUUCCCCUGUUCGACUUUAAGAGCUCAGUGGGCGGUCCUAGUGUGCAGACCAAUGAAUCGCCUUCUCUGUUUAAAUAGUCCUUGAUGUCAACUUUUCUUCUUCACUCACAGCUCCCUCUAACGCCAUGUUGGCUGUUAUGACUUAACUUGUUGUUUUCGUCAGCCUUACUACGGACUUGACAGGAGUGGCUCUCUUAAACGCCCCUGCGCCCUUGGAGACGCUUUAUUCCAUUUUUGCGCGUACGCGUUUUGGACGACACGCGCGGAGUAUGCACACAUCAUCACCGUGACUUUGCAUUUAAAAGGAAUACUACUUGGAAAUAGAAGUUUAUAAGGGUUCGGUUGUUGUUUGUGUAUUUUUUUUUCUCUUCUCAUAUGUGUAACAAAAUGUCAGAUGUUCGCCUUUCUAAUGCGAGCCCGACAUUGGAGAGGGUGGAUGCGCGGCAGCCAGACAACGUCAGACCUUCGGUCCGCAGAAACCUUUUAGGCAGACCAGACCCUGAGGAGAUACGGAGGUGUGUGGAGGUGUCGAUACAGGAAGAUGUGCGGCGGUUUAGGGAGACGUAUAAUUUCGAUCCCGUCAACGACAGACCGCUCUCUCCGCGCAAUUUCGACUGGCAGGAGGACCGCGACGCACCGGAGUUUUACGUCAGACAGCCUCACGGGAGCCAGCGGCUCCAGCGAGAUGAAGACUUGCCCGGCGAGAACAACCGGCAGGGCGCCGAGGAGAGGAGUGAACGACGGUCGAAUCAACCAGAAAGAGACGGAUCGAGGAGAAAACGUUCAGCAGCUGCAGGUCCCUGCUCCAGCGAGUGUCCGGGUAAAAGGUCGCAUACCGACGAAGAGGAUGAUGAAGACCAGUCAGACUGUGCAGGAAGUCAGGCGGUAAAAGCCGCGGAAGAGAGACCCAUCAUGCUGGGGGAGAGCGCGGAGGCCCAGUGAAAAACAGUGCCAGAGCAGGGAGACCUGUUGCUGAUGGAAUACUGUAGCCUUUCUCAUCACCUGACAGAUGAUGGAGAAAAUAUAAAAGCAGCCUUUUCCUAAAGAAGUGAGGAGGAGAGGCUGCACAAGCACUGAAUAUGUACACUAUCAAGUUUUGGCACACAUUUCAAUUUAAAUUGCCUCAGAAGCAGCAGACAAUGUAGCAGUGUGCAAAUGGAUUUUUGCUCUUUUUUCUUAUCUACUACCUAUGUUUCAGAUGUAGCACAUAAAAAAAAAAGCAUAUUAUGCUUUUCAUAACUUUGUUAAAUGUAUUUGAAUAAGUGUGUGACUUUGACUCAGGAAGUUGCAGUGCAAUUUCCAACAGAGAAAUAUUAUUUUGUUAAAGUGGUCAUAUUGUAUCAUUAUUCAGGUAAUUGAUGUAAGUUAAAAAUGCAGAUUUAAAAAGUCAGGGUUGUGUGGAAACAAAAUGUCUUCACUUUUUCUAUGGCUUUAUUUGUCCCAGUAUUAUAUAUCUUGUUUUUGAAGGCCCAGAUGGCCACACUGUAAGUUGAGGGUCCACCUAACUGGGAACAGCCAUGACGGAUAAAGUUUACAUGCAAAUAUGGUUUCCUUAUUAAACCCCCCCCCCCCCCCCCCCCCUUUUUUUUUUUUUGCCAAAGUUUGUGCCUUUUUUUUAUUCUGGGGGUGAGGGGAGGGUGGCUAAACUGCUGAGCAAUAUCCAACCAAAUUUUAACAGUAUUUGCUAAUAAUCCUAAGAAUUAGAUUUUAUUUUUUGAAUUAGGUGAGUUCAUAUUUUAGUGGCUUUUUGGUCACAUAAUCCGCCCCUUUUAAUAAACGCUGUAGUCCAGGUUAACAUAGAUAACAUAUGUUAAAAUCACUGGGCUACUUAUUAUGCAAAUAUGUGAAUCAAAGAUUUGUAUUUGUGGUGUGAAAUUCAUGUGGAACAUGUAAUUGCACUAUUGGUAAUUUGUCAUUUGUUUGAGGGCAGAAAAACAAAGUGACACUGCCUUAUUAGGUGUAAAACUUUGAAGUGUACUGUGUGCUUUUAUUUCUUUUUUUUGUUUUUCAAAAACACUGAAAAAAUUCUACUAACUUAUUUAUGUUGAGCUUUGUAUCGUGGGUGUACAUGUAUAGCUUCCCAAAGCGACAUUUUUGUAAAUAUAUAUUUUCAUUAUUGUUUGUAAGAUAAAUAAACUGUUGCAAAACUGAGCCUAAUAAUCGA